GCUUGCUCAGUCUCUUUCCCAUUUCUCCCCCUGGGCUUUUCUCUUUCUUUUCUCUACAACAGCCUUGCAGAGAGGUGGUGGAGGAGGAGGAGGAGGAAGAGGAAGAGGACCUUCAGACAUCAUCUACUGAGGAGAAUCAGCAGGGACCUCUUGCAAAGCUGGCGAAUACAGGACAGCAAUUUCUGCAGCCAAAGCAUCAAGCUGGCAGGAGAAGAUGAACAAAAGUGAUCCGGCCUGGGAGAGCAAUGCCAAGGACCCAGAUGAGAAGGAGAUAUCGCCGUGCAUGGUCAGCAUAGGGGCCCUCCUCUACUACUGCAUCCUGCUGUGUGUGGGUUUGCCUGUUAACAUUUUAACUGCCGCUGCACUUUCCCGUCUUGCUGCUCGCACCCAGAAAUCCUCGUACUGCUACCUCUUGGCCCUCACCGCUUCUGACAUCCUGACUCAAGUCUUUGUGGUCUUUGCUGGCUUCAUUGUGCAGGCAGCCAUCUUGGCCCGCGAAGUGCCAGGUGCCUUUGCCCAUGCAAUCAACAUCUUACAGUUCACAGCCAAUCACGCCUCCAUCUGGGUGACAGUACUGUUGACUAUGGACCGUUACGUGGCCCUUUGCCAUCCCCUGCAGUAUCGGGCUGUCUCCUACCCAGAACGCACCCAGAAGAUAAUUGCUGCCAUGUUUGCAGUCUCACUGGCUACUGGAGUUCCUUUCUACUGGUGGCUAGAUGUUUGGCAUGAUGUCUACCCGCCCAGCACUUUGGACAAAGUCCUGAAGUGGCUUCAUUGCUUCAUCAUCUACUUCAUUCCCUGCACUGUCUUUCUGAUGACAAACUCUGUUAUCAUCUGCAAGCUCAAGCGAUCAGGAAAUCCCAACCGCCGCCUCAGCAGAACCACAGCCAUUUUGCUGGCCGUCACCACUGUCUUCAUUGUCCUCUGGGCUCCACGGACAUUUGUCAUGAUCUACCACCUUUAUGUGGCAUCAGUUAAUCAGGACUGGCGAGUACACCUGGCCUUGGAUGUUGCCAACAUGGUAGCCAUGCUCAAUACCUCCAUCAACUUCUUCCUUUAUUGCUUUGUCAGCAAGACCUUCCGGCGUACUGUCCGUGAAGUGCUAGUCUCUUACAGAUUCCAGUGUGCCCAACCAUCAAGGAAGGAUACUGCUCUGGAACUGACUCUGAAACCCCUGGGGGUCUGGGCUGGGACUUCAGUUUAGGGAGAUUAUCAUCCUUCUGCAACCAGCUCCCGCUUUUGCUGAAUGUAGAUUCCGUGGACCUUUUGGUGCACUAAAAUGAUGGAGAAUAAGGAUGUCCUUCGUGGCCCUAAAUUCCUUCAGAAAAAAAGGAGAGGAGGUAGUGAAGUAGCUUCAUUCAGAGAUGCUUUGUUUUCAUUCUUUAUUCUAUUUUUAAGUAAUUAAUUGUUUGGGGAAGGGAGGAAGGAGGGAAGCCUUCAUCCUCCUUUUGUUUUAUGGUUUUACAACUCUCAUCCUUGUUCAGUGAGGUGAGCCAUCCCUCUGUUGUGCCCUGCCAGUGGCCAACGGAGCUGGCAACAGAUUCGGACAGUGAGGAGGUUCAGGAGGAACAUGAGCCAGUCCUGGAGUCUGGGGAAGGCUCUAAUGAGGGCUCUGCAUCAGAGACAGAGAGGGGGCCAGGGCCGUAUGCCAGUUAUCAGCUGCCUUCGGAGUCAGACAUCAGUGAGGCAGAUGAACAGCUGGAGUCUAUUCCCAAUGUGCACAUGCACAGAGUUGCCAGACAAAGGGAACAGCUAAAGAACAAGGGUCAACUCAGGAGUAAGAGCACAGGUGUAUGAUGAAUGGCCCCUCCCAGAGGGAAUAAAAGAGGAGCGAAAGGGGAGUGGAGUUUGCAGGAGACAAUUAGUUCGCUUAAUUGGUUCGUGACUUUCCGUGACUCCUUGCCAGGUUUGGAAGAUAUCGGCCUGGCAACUCCCCAAGCCAGAUAAGGUCUGUUACUGUAAAUUCACCCUUGAAAGACUUUGCUGGAUGUGAAUGAGAAGAAUUCACAGUCACUUAAUCAAAAGUGGUUUUUGUUGGGACAAGGAGUCUGCUUCCUGGUUUGGGGAAGCCUAGGUCACAACACCCUCAAGGGCAAGGACAGACCGUCACUGCCAUUUUGAGAUGUGUUCCACCUCAGUGGAAUGUCUUUAGUAUGUGGCAGGAAGAUAAAUGUCUGGUUUAUCCCCAGCUGUUAUUCACAAUAUCUGUUCUGAUUCUGAUUCUUCCAUAGCCUGGGUAGUGUAUACAGUAUUUAAAGAAAGCAAGAAGGGAUGUUUGUGUGCAUUGAUUUCCCUAUUACCGAAGGCAAAAUACAAGGAGAUCUUGAAGGAGCCAAGCCCUAGAAGUGAAAGAGAGAAAAGUAGUACUGUAAUAUCCAUGUAAUGACAUGGAUGUGUGUUUAGAAGGGUGGAACUGGCAGAAUUGUUUCAAGCAAGCAAUCCCUUUGUGUGGUAAAUGUCUCUGAGCCAGAUAAUCCAUUCCACACUUUCAAAAUUCCAACAUUCUUCACUCCUCACUCCUCACCCCUAACUUUCCACUCCCAUAAAUAUUUGCCUUUAGGUGGGUUUCUCUGAGUUUUUUCUCUUUCCUCCUUUGAAAAGCUUCUUUCACACCCUUUUGGAGGGCCCGUCCAAUCUGGCUGCUUCCCAAAUAGCUCCAAGCACCACUGCCUGGGAGGAAAGCCAGCUACAUCCCGCCAAGCAUCAACUCAUCCUUUCUCCCAGAGGCACAGACAGAGGCAUAUAGUUCAGCUUCAGACACUGGAGGGAUGUAGGCCUGUUGGGACAUUCGCAUGGUCUUAUAUCCAUGUACAAAUUGGGAGGUCUGUGCAGGGUCUGUGUGAAGGUACCUAUAACGGUUUAUAAGCCACGGUUUGUGGUUUAAUAAUUUAAUUUAAAUGUAUUCAAUAAACCAAGUUUCUGUUUGAUUUAGCUCAAUUUGUGUGAAAUGAAUCAGACUCACUGAGUCUGUAUACUAUGUCAAACUGUCGACAAGGAUCAGUGUUAUGAAUUCCACAAGUAAAUAGAGAAUGCUUACAUUUGUUUUGUAUAGAUAAGAUAAUUUACAAGUCUGCUUAACUUUUGUUGUUACUGACUUACUAUUAAUGAAGGUUGUUGUCAUACUUGAAAUGCUCUAUUCACUUGAGAAAGGAUAAUGAAUAAUUGGAGAAGUUGGAGAAAACGGCAACCAAAAGGCUCAAAGAAAAAGAAGUACAAUUUAACUUUAUUUAACUUGUGGGGGGGGAAUCACCCACCAUCAACAAAGAAGGUUUGAACCUUUUUGAUUAAAAUUAACACAUAUUUAAAGUAAUUUGAGGAAUUCAAAAGCAGGGCUAUUUCUCUCCAUUUUGUGUGACAGAAUUUUUGGAUCAGUAGUCUGUUCAGACAAUUUCUUUUUUGUUCCAGGAGUAUUUUUAAUCAAUGGUAAGGAUGCUAAUUGUUAGGGACAUUAUAGUAUUUAAGGUACCAGGCUAGAAAC